AUGUCCGUUGAGGAGUUCAGAGAGAUGUCACGGGGAUUGCCUCCCGCCCGCGCCUUGAAGCAGCGCCUGCAGAGCUUGUGCGGAGAAACCAGAUUUAAGCUCCGCCUGUGUUCGAUGGAAGGCGACGUCUUGGCGGAUGACGCCGUGCUGGAUGGGCCGAUGCAGAUCCAGCUUGUGCUCUUGAGCUUUUGCCCCACCUCUGAAGCCGAAGAGGCCGAGCUCAUGGCUGCAGCUCAAGACAACGAUGUGGAGAGCAUGGAGCGCAUCCUCCUGCGACCCCAGCAUCCAGACGUCUGCCGCACUGCCCCUCCCGCACUUUCUGCACGCGGCAUCUUCGGCACGACGCCCCUGGCGUGGGCGUGCUACCAAGGCCACCUGGAUGUCGCGUGCUUGCUGCUGGAGGCCAGGGCGGCAAUGGAGAAGACCGACAACAAAGACCGGGCUGCUUUAGCCUGGGCUUGUGUCGGCGGCAGCCCUGAGGUCGUGCGCCGCUUGCUGGAGGACGCUGCGCAAGUGGAGCGCCUUGACCACCUUGGCAGGACCCCCUUGGCCUUGGCAUGCAUCGAGGGACACGUGGAGGUCGUCCAUGUGCUGCUGGAGGCCGGCGCCGACACAGGCAGGCCUGACAAUUUCGGCGCCGCUCCUCUGGCCCUGGCGUGUAGUCAGGACCGUUUGGAGGUGGUCCGGCUUUUGCUGGAGGCUGGCGCCGACAAGGAUGCGGCUGACAGCGAGGGUGAGACCGCCCUGUCCUGUGCAAGCAAGCUGGGCCGCUUGGAGGUUGCGCGGCUUCUCCUGGAGGCCGGUGCUGACGUGGAGAAAGCGGACACGGAUGGCUUGGCCCCGUUCUCAUGGGCCUGCGCCACAUUCCGUGUGGAAGUUGCCCGCCUCUUGCUGCGGGUCCGUGCUGACAUUGAUAGAGCAGACAAGGUGGGCAGGACGCCCUUGUCCCUGGCUUGUGCGGCCAGGGGCCUGGAGAUUGUGCACAUGCUGCUAGAGGCCAGCGCCGCACUGGAGAAGGCGGACAACUCUGGCAGAACCCCCCUCUCCUGGGCUUGUGGCCACGGCCGCUUAAAGAUUGCCCGUGUGUUGCUGGCUGCUGGCGCCGAAGCCACACCCGACAGCAGCGGCCAGACACCCUUGGACUGGGCAAAGUCCGUCGGCCACGCCGACGUCGCGCGGCUCCUGCGCCUGAACACGCCAACUGCCCGGAAGCGCCCGCGCAAUGACCCGUGA